UUCACUUUUCCCGUCUCCAUCCGACUGAGCGGCGACUGUGGGCAACGAAACCCUAGCGAGUGAGGCGGGGGCGCGGUGCAGCGCCGCCUCCUCCCAUCCAGCUCGUCUCCCUCCCUCCCAAUCUCCUCCCUUGUCUCCCUCCCUCCCAAUCUCCUCCCUCCCAGUCUCUUUCCCGUCCAUGGACGGUGGUGGCAGCGCCAUGGAGAACGGCCGCACAACUUCGAUGUAGGGGCAGGUGGGCUCGGGCGUUGAACGGCUCCAUGGGAGCAGCAGCAUGCGGCGCAUCCAGUCGGGCUUGGGUAGUGCCCCGGCGCCAGACGCACGCGCUGGUUUCCGGCAAGCUGGACAUGGUGAUGGAAGUGCACCCUAUGUUAGUAGGGUGAGCAUCGAUGAAGCCAAAAGGAGGGAAAAUGUCAACCCCGACAAUGAAGAUAACAUUCUGAUGGGGAAUGGUUCAGCUCCAAGAGAGACAACUUGGAAAGGGCUUGUAAGCAAUGACAUCUAUUAUAUUUGGAACCAUGGCCCGAAGUUUGGUGGGGGAUUUGUUUGUCGGUACUGCCCCCUAAUCACUAGAGGAGGAGGUGCAACCCGCUUUAGGGAGCACCUUGGAGGUAUACCAGGUGAUGUGAGGGAGUGCCCUAAUGUUCCAAGAAAUAUUUGUGCUGCAAUGAGGGAAUCCCGGGAUGACUCAAUGCGGAAGAAGAGGGAAGUUCCUAAUCUGCAGAAGUGUGCCUUGAGGAUUGUAUCACAAUGCGUUUCGUCAAGUGGCUGUGAGAGGAAUUGGAGCGCUUUUGCUUUGGUCCACACCAAGCAAAGAAACCGUCUUCUAUAUGGCAAGCUGCACAAGCUUGUAUCUGUGCGCUACAACUUGAAGAUACGUGCUGAAGAAGAAGAAGACCCGGUGAGAGAGAAUGAUAAGCAGAAGGAAGUUGAUGCAUGUGCAAUGAUGAUGGAUACAACCAUGUUUGAUGCAACAAAUCCUAUGAUGGAAUGGUUAAAUGAGGAUGAGGAGCAUGCAAUCUUGGAUGGAGUUGAUGCUGCUAGUGUCGUAUUUGAGAAAAUACGUUUGCUUAACUCAAGUAGGAAAGUUUCUCGUCUUGCAAGGAAGGACAAUGGCAGGAAAAGAAAGAGGGUAGAGGAAGAAGAGGAUGACUACCAUGAUAGUGAGGAUGAUGAUGAAGAAAAUGAGGAGCUGGACCUGGAAAUUGAUGAUGAUGAUGAUAGCCAUGAUGAUGGUGCAAGUCAAUCUGAUGGAGGAGAUGCGCCAAUGCAAGUUGAAAAGGAUUUAACAAGCCAAGUUGGAAACAAUGUUGAGGUAACAAGUGAUGGUAGUUUGGUGAACCGUAGAUCUGAACGGGUUAGGCAAGCAAAGAAGGUGAAGGAGGUCACCAGCCUUUACAAUUGACAAGUUAAGCGGCAUGGGAGCAAAAGAGCUUUUGGUUUGAUGAAGACUAACGGGUGGAUGAACAGGAAGUCUGAAGUGAAGGUCUCUGUUCGAUUCAAUACUUUUGGUGCAAGACUGAAGAGUUGAAGAACAGGAAGUCUGAAUUGAACUUUCUGUUUGUAUUUUGGGGUCGGCAUAAUUGAACUUCGAAUGCCGUGUUAAAUUCAUUGUGGACUGUAAUUCUGAACCGUUAUGGGUGUUCGUUUCGACUCUUGGUAGAACUA